CAUUGAAGAUACGUGGACUGCGAGUGUCAUCCUUAGUGACGGCUCGCUUCACUAAGACAGUGGUUGAGAGCUUUGUGGUCAACCCAGCAGAGAUGAGCCAGGAGAUCAACUUCUACAUGGAACUACCCAAAGAGGCCUUCAUAUCUGGCUUUCUGAUAGAGACUGAUGGUGUGGUGUACAACUCGCGGGUGGACGAGAAAGAAGCAGCCCAACAGGCCUAUGACCAUGCCAGAAGACAGGGACAGACUACCGGACAAGUCAAACAAACGUCUGAGGAGAAGAAUGACUUCACCAUAUCCAUCAAUGUCGAGGCAAGAAGCAGGCUGAGAUUCAAUCUGACUUACGAGGAACUUCUGAAGAGAAAAUACGGAUAUUUUGAGAAUAUGAUUUCUAUUACUCCAGGCCAGACCGUUGACCAUCUUAUAGUUGAUGUCCACAUCACUGAGCCUCAGGGAAUCAAGGAGGAAUCCGUGGAUUUCUUCGUCAAGAAACUCCUGACGAACGGGAGCGAAGAGGUUCAGCGGCCAGAGUGGGCGCGGCUGAAGGGCCAACACAGUGAUCGCGUCAGCGUACGUUUUCACCCGACCCCUGAGGAGCAGGAAGCUCUGUCCACCAGUGGCAACUUUGGCAAGUUUGUUCUGCGUUAUGACGUCAUCCACAGGCAAAAUGCAGGGAAUAUUGAGAUAUUCAACGGCUAUUUCGUGCACCAUUUUUCACCAGAGGGAGGGUUCCUGCCCAUACAGAAGAGUGUCGUCUUUGUUCUGGACACCAGUGGAUCGAUGAGCGGAACGAAGAUCCGCCAAACUAAAGAGGCCAUGGACACCAUCCUCUCCGAUCUCCGGAAGAAGGACGAGUUUGGUAUCAUCACUUUUUCCUCCUCGACCCGAGCGUGGAGGUCUCGCAUGGUGCCUGCCAACAAGGCGAACAUUGAAUCUGCCAAAGAUGGAAUACAAGGGCUGCACGCAAGAGGAGGUACCAACCUCCAUCGUGGCAUAGUUGAUGCCAUCGAGAUGCUGCAGGAUGCCCAGAACAAUGAUCUCUCCACCGUCGGGAAGUUCUACCUUAUCAUCGUGCUGACGGACGGCAUGCCAACUGUUGGACAACUGACCGAACCACAUGCCAUCAGCAGAGACAUCCGGCGUCGUCUGGAUGGCCGAUUCUCUCUCUUCUGCCUUGGGUUCGGAGACAACGUGGACUACACGUUCCUGGAACAGCUCUCCUUGCAGAACAAGGGCCUGGCGCGGAAGAUCAAGGAGGACUCGGACGCCGGUCAGCAACUCGUGGGAUUCUUCGACGAAGUCGCCACUGCGUUGUUGGUCAACGUUAGGAUCAGGUAUGACGCCCGCAUGGUCAACGUCAACAGCAUUUCGGAGACUGUCUUCCCGACUUACUUUGAGGGGACGGAGUUGGUGGUAGCCGGCCAGCUAGCGGCCAACGAUGACCUGCCAAACACACUGAACUGUGUGGUGGCCGCUGAAUCUGGUGGGGUUGAGAUUCAGCUGGAGCUUGAGACAAACGUCAAGGAGGAAAGUCACGCUCUUCUCAGCCCACACACUGUGAACAACUUCGCCCAGCGACUGUGGGCCUUCCUGACGAUCAAGGAGCUCCUGCAGAAGCGCAUUGCGGCGGUCGGUGACAGCGAGAAGGCAGAAUUGACACAGAGGGCGCUAGAGCUGUCCCUCAAGUACCACUUUGUCACCCCGCUGACGUCGCUGGUCGUCGUCAAGCCCGACGAGGAGGAUGCCCUCAUCGGAAAACCGCAACCAAGGGUUGAACGGCCUGCAUUUGAAAGAGUAAUGAUUCUUAGUCACCCGCCUGGUACGUGUUUACUAUGCAAUCCGUGCACAGACACUGUAGAUGGUACUUUUAUGUCCUCUUUCAAAAGCCACAGAAUUAAGGAGGAAGACGCCGCGAGCACUGCUUUGUCCGUGUGGGACAAUGUCCAUCUCAACGACGGCCCAACCGUCAGAAGAAGGGUCCAUCUCGCCGACAGCGCGAGCGUCAGAGAGGUAGAGGACUUGUUGCUGACCAUGUGCCAGUGUGCCAUGAUUAGGAAGAGGAAGUCGGGGCCACGGAGGAUGAAGGAGCAGCUUUCUAAAGGUAUUGCAGCCAAAGUGUGUGAGAUUUGCUUCUUCAUCAUAUGA